UUCAAACGUUGUCACCUCUCACUCACGAAAUUGCCUGUUCCAAUUCAUCUUUCUGCGCUCGUAUUCCUCGAUAGCUCUUUGCAGAUCAAUCAGAGCACAUGGCCCACCCCAACGACAUCUACAAACUGUAGGCCUAACGUGACACAUCACCAAAGUUCGAGGCCCAUUCAGCGGCAAUCUGCAGAGACACCCCAAGAAAGCUCAAGUGCUUCAAAUGAGACGAUUUUUGGUCUACUGGAAACGGCACUUCAAAAAUUAGACCGUCAUGAGCAGCUGCUCCUGGAAAUUGCAAGGAGGCAGGCGGGGGCAGGGCCAGUACAAGCUGACUCGGAAGAAAAUGAUGCUGUGGAUCUUCCACGCUUGCCAUGUGAGUCACGGGAGGAUCUCCAGGAGCUUAACACACUCCUGGAGAAUUCUGGAGCUGCCCGCAAAAAACUGAUCAGGAUCAUCAGCCUUGUAGGAGGUACUGGAGCCAUAGUGGUCAAUAAUACUUUGAAAUCCAUUGUGGGACACAAUGUCAGUAAGACAUUUAACAUGAUCGGGACGAAGGGAAAGGAGUCGUUUGCGGCUCUGCAAAGCAUCAACUCCGUUAUCAAAAAGGGUGUCCGUGCUAACCGUGGCAUGAAAGAGACGACGGACAAGGACAUUGCGUCAUGGUGUGGACGAUGGUUCACGAACGCGAGAGAGCGCAAAGGAGACCGGCUGGCCAGGAGGCUGGCGAAGCCGCAAAUUGCAGAAGAUGUGCUACCUGUAGAAGAUGUGCUACUUGUAGAAGAGGAGAUUGUGGGAGCAGAUUCCGACUGAACAAAGAUUUAGAAAUGAAGUUUAUAAAGAAAGAGUAUAAAUUUCUCUACAGAUUGGAGCUAAAAUGAUAUAAUUGGAUAAGAAAUUUAAAAAAAUUUCAGGCAUUUUGAAAUUUUACAUAUUUCCAUGUCAUAACUAAUUAUUUUGAUCCAGUUUUCAUAACUUUUGCUCCAAAAUGGUAGACAUGUUUUAACUAUUACUUUUAUGAGUAUGUAAAAUCUGGACUGGGCAUGUUUUUAAGUGCCUUUCCUAUUUGAAUAAAAAAAAAAACAUGAAAUGGCAAAACCUUUUUGUUCAUGUCCA